AUGAGGAGAAACUUCUGGGUAUUGAGAGGACACGAAGCCAUUCGCAAGCAGCAGCAUCUAUGCAAAGAGUGUCAAAAGUGGAAGAGCAAGCCAGUUAUUCCCAAAAUGACAGAUCUACCACCAGCCCGCUUGAGACUACAUAAGCCACCAUUCUACAGUACUGGAAUGGACUGUUUCGGGCCAUUUCAAAUUAAAAUUGGCAGGCGCUGUGAGAAGAGGUGGGGAGUAAUCUUUAAGUGCCUCACUACAAGAAGUGUACAUCUGGAUCUUCUCACUUCCAUUGAUACAGACUCAUUCCUGAUGGCCUUAAGGAGGUUUGUAGCUCGGCGUGGCACACCAUUUGAAUUAAUCUCAGACCAGGGCACCAAUUUCCGUGGAGGAGAAAGAGAGCUCCAAGAAUCCUUUUCUUCUCUCAGCCCUCUACUACAACAACAGCUGGCCAAACAGAAAAUAUCCUUCCGCUUCAACCCACCAAAUGCUCCACACUUUGGCGGAGCCUGGGAAAGAGAGAUUCGGUCAGUGAAAAAUGCCCUACGCACCACCAUUGGCUCACAGGUUGUGACCGAAGAGGUGCUCCUGACAGUCCUCAUUCAAGUUGAAGGCAUUUUAAACAGUAAGCCACUAGGAUAUACCUCAAGUAACAUAAAUAACGUUGAUCCUGUUACGCCUAACUACCUGCUUAUGGGGCGGCCAGAUAGUUCCUUGCCACCAGUGGUCUAUCCAGCCACUGAACUCAUGGGGCAGUGGAGAUGGAGGCAAAGUCAGCUUGAUCAUGUCAGUUUGAAGAGUGACAUGCUGUGGUGCAGUCACAAGUUAGAUGAACAGCUACAAACAGCAUCUAGCGGCAGUGAAAUCAUUAUUCCCCAACAUACUCAGCCAAAGACCACACUUCCUGUCAGGAUGGUUGGUGAUCUGGGGGCCCAGGCGUACAGGGUGAAGCGCCACAGGGCCGCUCGCAGCGCAGGGGCAUCAUACUCUCUGAGUAAUGCCACACUUGCUCACCUGCACGGUGGCAGCAAAGUCUUUGAUGAGGGCAGGAAGGUGUUUUUCCUAAAUCUUCUACCACGGCGUGGUGGAGGUGAUAAACUGCAUCUGCUCAACCAGCAGCACAACCUCAUCUCACACAUGCACGUCCUGCCUCAUCUGACACAUCUGACACGCCUUGCGUUCCUCAAUCUCUAUGACAACCACGAGAUUGACAUGUCUGGCAUCGCCUUCCUGACCUCUCUUCUCGGAAUGAACAAACCCUACAGCUGUGAUUUGAGUCAGGAGUUUGUGGUUCUGGUGCCAGGGGGUGUCAGGUCUGUCUCGGGAACACAGGCCGCGGUGCUGUCUGUACCCAUCAUUACGGAUGUGAAGCAUCUUCCUGAUCUGCAGCGUGUGUUUCUGAGUGUGUCAACUAGCAUCAGCAGUUUGGAUGAGCUGGCCUGUCUGUGGGACUGUAGCUCUCUCAGUGAAUUGAGCAUUGAUGGGAAUCCUGUAGCGCUGGAGUCAUGCUACAGACCGACUGUGCUGCGUUGCUGCUCGCCACACCUACAGCUGCUCAACAUGAAGCGCGUCACCGAGGAGGAGAGACGCACAGCAAGUAUUUUAGCACGAAAGGAGGAUGACAAGAAAAAAGAGACUCACAAACAGACUGCACACAAGGAAAGGCGGCGGCUCGCAAUCCAAAAUGCAGCGCAGCAGUGGGAGGGGCUUAAAACAUGUCUAGAACUUCCGGCUCAGAAUGGUGCAAAGGAAGACAUCAGUCCAGACAAUAGCCCCGCCCACAGCCUAGCCCAAACCAAUGGGAAUGCUCAGGAGACCUCGCCGGAUGAGCCCAGACGCUUGAGUCCACUCACAGUUUCAGCUGGAGGGAGUGAAACCAGGUUACGAUUAAACAGUCGACCAAACAGCCCCAGAGACCCCAGGUUACAGGACAGCGGUGGUCCGAGUGUUCAGAGUCUAUCCAUGUCUGACAGUCAUCUGGCUGAGUUGGAUGGUGAGACCCUGCGUCUGUUUGGCCCCGGAGCCCUUGAGACACUUGAACGCUGUUGGAGUGUCCAGACGGCUGCUAGUGUCACCAUCGUCAUGUUCCGUUAUAUUCACUUUGACUCCAUCAUCCCAACAUUCCUGCGUAUCCGACUCAGAUUCCCAAACCUGACGCAUCUGAUCUUCAUGGAGACAAACAUCACUCAUCUUCCUCAGCUGGCCGCUCUAGCUCAGAUCAGACGUCUAGAUCAGAUUAGCAUUCUUCCGGAGUGGAACCCUGUGGUGGGACUGAUGCUUUGGAGAUCUUUCCUCAUCUACAGACUUCAACAUCUCAACCUGCAGAAAAUUAACGGCACUGAGGUAACUAUGAAUGACAUCAUGGCGUCAGAGCGGAUGUUUGGCACUUUGGGUUACGUAGCUGCUACAGAAACACCGCGUUGUCGUCUACUGCUACUGCUGGAAGAGUCCAGGAAGCGCCAGCUGCAGUUUCUGCUGGAUGGUCGUGGUCGCAGGAGCGGUCAGAGUCCAGAGGAACUGAAGGAGGAUGGCAAACAACUGGGAGAUGGUUUGAGCAGAGCCCUUUUCAACUACCCCUGCAGAAUCAAUGACAGCACUGAGGAGGACAGCAGCGACGUGUCGGAUCGCUCUGUGAUGGUGGAUCAGUAUCUAAGGGGUUUGAUUCAGAGAGCAUCCAGUGUCAGUGUGAAGGGAGACGCGCUGCAGAAGCUCUGGCCUUCGCUCUUCACUGAGCUGGUGAGAGAUAGUGUGCUGGAGAUGAGAGACAGACAGGUCUACAGACAGACAUGCCUCAACCACCUCACCCAAAGAGACAUGAAGUAAAUGAAAGAUUCUAUACACAUCUCACCCCAAAACAACAACAAUCCGAUGGAGAGCAGUGUACCGACAGCAAACCUUGGAUUCAUCCAGGGCGGUUUCUAUGUGAUCUCCACAGAAGUUCGUUUAUAAGCCUGACCAUUGUAGAUGUUCUUUACUGAAUGUACACAGUCCUAUCAACAUCCCAACAUUUCUGUCAGUGAAUUUCUUCUCCUUUCAAACUGCAUUCUUAUUAACUUGGAGCUGCAAACCCCUGGAGGAAAGGGCUAGUGUGGAGCUUCUCGGUUAGAAUGAUUUUUAACGCCUGUUUACUUUUUACUUUUCAUCUUGAAUGUCAAAAAUCAAGCUCAAAGCCACUUCUUCCUUCACUAGCAUUCAUUUAUGUUAUGUAUGUUACUGAUUAUUAAAAAGAAGUUAUGAAAUGAGAAUAUC